AUGGCUCACUCAGCUCUCUCUCAGGUCCCGGUUGCGGUCCCUAUCAAUGGCGAUUCCUCUAUCCGAAGAUCCGUGUUAAAGACAAAUAACGUGACAUUUCAUGAUAAAUCAUGGACUUCUGCCUCACGCUUGGACUUGAAAACUGCAAACGCUCGAUCAAGAAGUCAAUUUGUGGUUUGCACGUCAGUGCAAGAGGUUAUCAAACCUAAAGUUGCAGUUCAACCUUUGACAUUAGAAGAUGUGAAAGUGCCUCCUCUACAUUUGUACAAGAACAAGGAACCAUAUACUGGAACCAUUGUCUCUGUUGAAAGGCUUGUUGGCCCAAAUUCACCUGGGGAGACGUGUCAUGUCGUGAUUGAUCAUGGUGGCAAUGUGCCCUAUUGGGAAGGACAAAGCUAUGGCAUCAUUCCUCCUGGCGAGAACCCUAAAAAGCCUGGUAGUCCACACAAUGUUCGUCUAUACUCAAUAGCGUCUACCAGGUAUGGAGACUAUUUUGAUGGCAAGACAGCAACUUUGUGCGUUCGGCGUGCAGUCUAUUUUGAUCCUGAGACUGGAAAAGAAGAUCCUACGAAAAAAGGUGUAUGCAGCAACUUUUUGUGUGAUUCGAAGCCUGGAGACAAAGUCCAUAUCACAGGUCCUUCUGGCAAGAUAAUGCUUCUGCCUGAAGACGAUCUUAAUGCCACCCAUAUUAUGAUCGCAACUGGUACUGGCGUGGCUCCUUUCAGAGGUUAUCUUCGUCGUAUGUUCAUGGAGUCUGUUCCCACAUUCAAGUUUGGUGGCCUUGCUUGGCUUUUCCUCGGGGUGGCCAACAGGGACAGUCUUCUAUAUGACGAUGAAUUCUCUCAGUAUCUUCACGGCUACCCAGAUAAUUUCCGGUAUGACCGAGCCCUUAGUCGAGAGCAGAAGAACAAGAGUGGAGGCAAAAUGUAUGUUCAGGAUAAAAUUGAAGAGUACAGUGAUGAGAUUUUUAAACUUUUGGAUGGUGGAGCACAUAUUUAUUUCUGUGGGCUUAAGGGAAUGAUGCCUGGGAUUCAAGAUACUCUGAAAAGGGUUGCAGGACAGAGAGGAGAACACUGGGAUGAAAAGCUUUCACAACUGAAAAAGAACAAGCAAUGGCACUUUACUUUAAUUUCAAAACAAAUAAAUGGCACCUCAGUUCGCCUUUCAUCUUUCUUUGUCGAUUUUCCAUUAUUAAUUCUAACUGAGCGAAUCUCAGAAACUCCUGAAUAUAUAAGGUUAUUAUUAAUAAAGACUAGUUUAGUUGAAUGGUAG